CGAGCUGACGUUAAGUUGCAUGUCCACGGCUUCAGAGUCGCCACCGGUAGGCAGUCGCUCCUGUGGUUUAGUUUCUAUUUCUUAAAUAGAAAACAUUUUAGUUUCCCAUCCUCAGCGGACUGUCACAUCACCUGGACUGACAUGGCGACAGAGAUAGCUAAAGGUGUGGAACAGGUCUCAGUGGGUGAGCUUUAUGUGUCGGACAAAUGUGGCAACGACCAGGACGGAGACGGCACGGAGCAGAAGCCUUUCAAAACUCCUCUGAAGGCUCUGAUGUUCGUUGGGAAGGAGCCGUUCCCCACCAUCUACGUAGAAUCACAGAAGGAAGGAGAGCGUUGGGCUGUGAUCUCUAAGACGCAGAUGAAGAAUGCAAAGAAGGCCUUCAACAGGGAGCAGUCGAAGAACGAAUCCAAAGAGAAGAAAGAGGCCGAGGACACUGACAGGCGAGAGAAGAACCUGGAAGAAGCCAAGAAGAUCGUCAUUGAGAAGGACUCCAGCCUGCCCGAGCCUGACGCUGUUAAAAUCCAACAUCUUGAGCCCAAGCGAGGUCAGAGAGUCAAAGUGUUUGGAUGGGUUCAUCGCCUCAGGAGGCAGGGGAAGAACUUGAUGUUCAUCGUGCUCAGAGAUGGAACUGGUUUCCUCCAGUGUGUCCUGUCUGAUAAACUGUGCCAGUGUUACAACGGCCUGGUGUUGUCCACAGAGAGCACCGUAGCUCUGUACGGCACCGUCACUCCAGUUCCUGAGGGGAAACAGGCGCCCGGAGGCCACGAGCUGCACUGUGACUUCUGGGAGCUGAUUGGUCUGGCUCCAGCAGGCGGUGCCGACAACCUGCUGAACGAAGAGUCCGACGUGGACGUCCAGCUGAACAACCGGCACAUGCUGAUCCGAGGGGAGAACGUCUCCAAGAUCCUCCGAGUGCGAUCCACCGUCACACAGUGCUUCAGGGACCACUUCUUCAACCACGGAUACUACGAGAUCACUCCUCCGACCCUGGUGCAGACUCAGGUGGAGGGCGGCUCCACGCUCUUUAACCUCAACUACUUUGGCGAGGAGGCGUACCUGACGCAGUCCUCCCAGCUCUACCUGGAGACCUGCAUACCUGCCCUGGGGGACACCUUCUGCAUCGCCCAGUCUUACCGGGCCGAGCAGUCCCGCACUCGCAGACACCUGUCUGAAUACACUCACAUCGAGGCCGAGUGUCCCUUCAUGACUUUCGAGGAUCUGCUGAACAGACUGGAGGAUCUGGUGUGUGAGGUGGUCGACCGAGUGCUCAAAUCUCCCGCUGCUGAGCUGCUCUACGACAUCAACCCCAACUUCAAACCCCCCAAGAGGCCGUUCAAGAGGAUGAACUACACCGAAGCCAUCGAGUGGCUCAAAGAGCACGACGUCAAGAAGGACGACGGCACCUACUACGAGUUUGGAGAGGACAUCCCUGAGGCUCCAGAGAGGCUGAUGACCGACGCCAUCAACGAGCCCAUCCUGCUCUGCCGUUUCCCUGCUGAGAUCAAAUCCUUCUACAUGCAGCGCUGUGCUGACGACAGACGCCUCACUGAGUCGGUCGACGUGCUGAUGCCAAAUGUGGGUGAGAUCGUCGGAGGCUCCAUGCGUAUCUGGGACUCUGAGGAGCUGCUGGAGGGGUACAAGAGGGAGGGGAUCGACCCGACCCCGUACUACUGGUACACCGACCAGAGGAAAUACGGCACUUGUCCUCACGGCGGCUACGGUCUGGGUCUGGAGCGUUUCCUCACCUGGCUGCUGAACAGACAUCACAUCCGAGACGUCUGCCUGUACCCUCGAUUCAUCCAGCGCUGCCGACCAUGAACACACACACACACACACACGCAUUAAUGACACACACGCAGACCUGGCAUGCGGCAGCACUCUGUGCCCUCUCAAAUGUGUCCCAGCUUUUUUUUUUAUCCAAGAAUUCUUUGUUUUCCUUCAGCUGUUUAAUUUUCUGCAGAGUUCAGAUCGUCACGCUGAACUCCAUCAUCUCCAUUUCUCUCUCAGAAAGUGAGAAAUCUUCACAGCUUCCUCCUUGUUUGACCUGUCACUUGAACCCUGAACAUGGAUCAUUUUCGUCCUCUGCUCGUGCUCUUUGCUCGUUACUUAAAUAGUAAGAAAAAGCAGCUUGAAGUAGUUUCCUGUGAUCGUACAGAACGUCUGCCAGUCUUGAUAAAAAAAAGCCUAAAUAUUGCAAAUGUGGUCUUGAUUGCUUCUACACAACAGCUUGUUCCUGUUUUUACAAAUCCCUUCUAAAAAAGAUUCAGUAAAGUGUCACAUGUUCUGUGUUACUCUGCAAAAAGCAUUCAAAAGAAAUCUAAAGAAUAAGAAGGUUGAAUUUACAGCUGGGCGUUUGUAGUUUUCUACAU